AUGGGGGACUCGCCACCUGACCCUGACCAGCCCUCCAGCCGAAGGAGUUCCCUGGAAGACUUCGUUUCCGACCGGCGGCACAGUCGGGGCCAAUCGCAGCCUCAGUCCACAAUCCUCGAGUUUGUGCAGCAGAUGGAGCAGAUGCAGCUCGACGCCCAGAACCUACUGCCCGAGCAGCAGGCUCAGGAGUUCUGGGCGAACCGGACCAACCUAGCCCAGAUGUCCCAGAGCAGCCUGCGGGGCUGGCUGCAGGAGUCCAGCUUGAGCGAACAAGAGGGCUUGCAGGUGGCUGGGGCCUUCCAGGCUGAGCAAGCCCAGAUGGGUGGCGUGGAGUACCCGGUGCCGACUCCAGGCUUUUCCUCAGAGCUCCAGCCCCAUCGUUAUCUGCAGGAAAACAGGAACCAGGGCAUGGAGCAGGCCAGCCUACUACUGCAGCAGCUAGAGCAGGGCCAAGGCAGCUUCUUCCAGCCCCUGAACACAGACUACCAGGAACCCCGACUGGACCUCUUGGACCAGUUCUACCAGAGAGACCUGCAGCUUGAGGAGAGCAGUCUGCAUGGACCUUACGUGAGGGAUGACCCUGCCCUCCAGUUUGUGCCUUCCAAACUGGGCUUUGGGCCCUUCGGUGUGGAGGUGCCAGAACCUGAGCCUCGGGAGCUGGCGGUGCAGAAUGCCAAGGCCUACCUGCUGCAGACCAGUGUCAAAUGCGACCUAAGCCUGUAUGAGCACCUGGUGAACCUGCUGACCAAGCUCCUGAACCAGAGGCCUGAGGAUCCCCUGUCCAUCCUGGAGUCACUGAACCGCACCACGCAGUUGGAAUGGUUCCACCCCAAGCUGGACACGCUGCGAGAUGAUCCCGAGAUGCAACCCACCUACGAGAUGGCGGAGAAGCAGAAGGCGCUCUUCAUCCGCCCCGGCGGCGGCGGCGGCGGCGAGGGCGAGCAGGAGAUGGAGGAGGAGGUGACAGAGACAGCGGUGCCCAACAUCAUGGAGAUAGCCUUUUACUUCGAGCAGGCCGGUGUGGGCCUGAGCUCAGACGAGAAUUUCCGCAUCUUCCUGGCCCUGAAGCAGCUGGUGGAGCAGCAGCCCAUCCAUACUUGCCGCUUCUGGGGCAAGAUCCUGGGGGUCAGCCGCAGCUACCUGGUGGCUGAGGUGGAAUUCCGGGAGGGCGAGGAGGAGGGGGAGGAGGAGGAAGUGGAGGAGAUGUUGGAGGGCGGCGAGGGCAUGGAGGCCCACGGCGAGGAGGAGGGUGAGGAGGAUGAGGAGAAAGCCAUGGACGUCAUCCCCAAGCCCACGUGGAAGCCGCCGCCCGUCAUCCCCAAGGAGGAGAGCCGCACGGGCGCCAAUAAGUACCUGUACUUCGUGUGCAACGAGCCGGGCCGGCCCUGGACGCGGCUGCCCCACGUGACGCCGCUGCAGAUCGUGCAAGCCCGCAAGAUCAAGAAGUUCUUCACGGGCCACCUGGAUGCGCCGGUCAUCAGCUACCCGCCCUUCCCGGGCAAUGAGGCCAACUACCUGCGGGCCCAGAUCGCCCGCAUCUCGGCCACCACACACAUCAGCCCCCUCGGCUUCUACCAGUUCGGCGAGGAGGAGGGCGAUGAGGAGGAGGGCGGCGCCGGGCGCGACUCAUUCGAGGAGAACCCUGACUUCGAGGGCAUCCCGGUGCUGGAGCUGGUGGACUCCAUGGCCAACUGGGUGCACCACAGGCAGCACAUCCUGCCGCAGGGCCGCUGCACCUGGGUGAACCCUUUGCAUAAGUCAGAGGAGGAGGAGGAGCUGGGAGAGGAGGAAGAAAAGGCGGAUGAAGGGAUGGAGGAGGUGGAGCAGGAAGUGGGACCCCCACUCCUGACCCCGCUCUCUGAAGAUGCAGAAAUCAUGCACCUGUCACCCUGGACGGCCCGCCUGUCCUGCAGCCUCUGCCCACAGUACUCCGUGGCCAUCGUGCGCUCCAAUCUCUGGCCAGGGGCUUACGCCUAUGCCAGUGGCAAGAAGUUUGAGAACAUCUACAUCGGCUGGGGCCACAAGUACAACCCCGAAAACUUCAACCCGGCCCUGCCAGCCCCCAUUCAGCAAGAGUAUCCCAGUGGCCUGGAGAUCAUGGAGAUGAACGACCCCACUGUGGAGGAGGAGCAGGCCCUCAAGGCUGCCCAGGAGCAGGCGCUGGCAUCCGCGGAGGAGGAGGAGGAGGAUGAGGAUGAAGAUGAGGAUGUGGAUGACUGAGGCCUGAUGGCCCCUCCCCCACCCUCACAGGUAGCUAGCCGCUUUCCCCUUAUACAUAGUUAUAUAUGGAUUUUUUUCACUGUUGAUUUUCUUUAUGCUCCUGGAGAUUGGGGGUGG